CAACAGAUUCUUUAUUUGACUUCUAGAAUAACACUGAAACUGGAUCAUCGUAUUAAUCUAAUUUAAUUAAAAUCAAUUAAAAGAAAACCAUCAAGGUUCUCUCUUUCUCUGCAGUUGCGUCCCAAACACCUAUCUUCACACUCUUAAAACCAAACCUCUAAAAGAAGUUUUGAUGCAGUGAGUAUUCAAUCUCAUAGACUCAUAGCAAUGGCGAAUCACAACAGUUUCACUUACAUGGACCAUAGCUUCAGCGAUAUAAGUCUCAACUUUGAUUCCUCUGCUUUCAGCGAUUGUAACAGUGACAUAUCCUGCGAGUUUCCAACAACUACCUCCGAGAGCCGUCAACGAAAACUCUUCCUCUCUUGCGCCGUUGAUAAUUCCGAUGACGUGAUCAGAAAUCUCAUAACGCAUCUUGAGUCAUCUUCUUCGAUCGAGGAACAGAAGCAAGCUGCUAUGGAGAUUAGACUCUUAUCAAAGAACAAACCAGAGAAUCGUAUCAAACUCGCUAAAGCCGGUGCUAUUAAACCGUUGGUUUCUUUAAUCUCGUCUUCGGAUCUUCAGCUUCAAGAGUAUGGAGUCACUGCGGUGUUGAAUCUAUCUCUCUGCGAUGAGAACAAAGAGAUGAUUGUUUCUUCCGGUGCGGUUAAACCGCUCGUUAAUGCGUUGAGAUUAGGAACACCGACGACGAAAGAGAACGCUGCUUGUGCUCUGCUCCGGUUAUCUCAAGUGGAGGAAAACAAAAUCACGAUUGGGAGAUCAGGAGCGAUUCCUUUACUAGUGAACCUUCUAGAAAAUGGCGGAUUCAGAGCGAAGAAAGACGCGUCGACGGCUUUAUACUCGUUGUGUUCGACGAACGAGAACAAAACCAGAGCUGUUGAAUCUGGGAUUAUGAAGCCGUUAGUGGAGUUAAUGAUUGAUUUUGAAUCGGAUAUGGUUGAUAAAUCAGCGUUUGUUAUGAAUCUGUUAAUGUCGGCGCCGGAAUCGAAGCCGGCGGUUGUGGAAGAAGGAGGAGUUCCGGUGUUGGUUGAGAUUGUUGAAGCGGGAACACAGAGACAGAAGGAGAUAAGUGUGUCGAUAUUGUUGCAGCUUUGUGAGGAGAGUGUUGUGUAUCGAACCAUGGUGGCUCGUGAAGGAGCGGUUCCUCCGCUCGUGGCUUUAUCGCAGGGUAGUGCGAGUCGUGGUGCUAAGGUAAAGGCUGAGGCGUUGAUAGAGCUUCUUAGGCAACCCAGACAACAACAACAACAACAACAACACUUUGAAUCUAACGACAACGAGAGAUAACACUUUAGUUUGGGCUUUUUAUUAAUGGGCCUUUGUAGAAUACAUAUCUUGUUAAUUAUUUGGACGGCCCAAGCUGAACACAUAUCUUGUUAAUUAUUGGUCGAUGUGUUUUGCAUCAAAGUUGCAUUACUUGCG